AGAGAGGGAAGGGGGCUCUGGAGGACUCCUCUGAAACUUCUCCUGCUGAGUAGGAGCCCGCGUGCUUCGGGAGCAUAUCUGCGCAGCGCUGCGCAGUGCUGGACAAGGCGGCUGCGGCAGAGGCAGUCUGCCCCGCUGGACUCUGGGAUUUAGCGAGGGGGAAUCUUUGUUAGCCACAAUGCAGGGAAAAGCGAGCAAAACCCCCAAAAAGGAGCUGGUGAUCGAGUCCCCCCAGCAGUACAGGAGCCUGGCCCUGGCAGAGGCCGAGGUGGAGACUGUGCCACAGGUGCUGGUGAAGCCCAAGCUGAUUGAGCCGUUGGACUACGAGAAUGUUCUGGUUCAGAGGAAGACCCAGAUCCUCAGUGACGUCCUACGGGACAUGCUGCAGUUCCCGCUGGAGGACUUCCAGAUUUCAACCCUCAGACGCCAGUGGAGGACCCUCUACCCCUCCGUGCCUGAAAACGCAGAGAAGGAGGUGCAGAGCCUGUUUGUCCAAGAGUGCAUCAAGACGUAUAUCUCUGACUGGCAUGUCCUUAACUACAAGUAUGAGGACUACUCCGGAGACUUCCGCCAGCUCCCUCAUAAAGUUUCCAGGCCGGAUAAACUUGCGGUCCACGUGUUUGAGGUAGAUGAAGAUGUGGAUAAAGAUGAGGACACAGCCUCCCUGGGGUCACAGAAGGGCGGGGUCACCAAACAGGGCUGGCUCUACAAAGGGAACAUGAACAGUGCCAUCAGCGUGACCAUGAGGUCAUUCAAGAGGAGGUAUUUCCACCUGACUCAGCUGGGCGACGGCUCGUACAACCUCAACUUCUACAAGGACGAGAAGAUCUCCAAAGAGCCGAAAGGAACGAUAUUCCUGGACUCCUGCAUGGGGGUUGUUCAGAACACCAAGGUGCGGCGCUUCGCCUUCGAGCUGAAGAUGCAGGAUAAGAGCACGUACCUGCUGGCUGCGGACAGCGAGGUGGAGAUGGAGGAGUGGAUCAGCACCCUCAACAAGAUCCUCCACAGCAGCUUCGAGAUUGCCAUGCAGGAGAAGAGGAACGGGGACCUGCACGAUGAUGACGAGCUGGGAAAAGCAGACAGCUACUCUGGGAGCUUAGACGGCUUUCAGAGCGCGAGAGAUAUCGAAUCUAAAAUGAGGAGUGAGACCAGGCUGAAGCUGUUUGCCUUGGAUCCCGACACACAGAAACUUGACUUCUCAGGAAUUGAGCCGGACAUUAAGCAGUUUGAGGAGAAGUUUGGCAAGCGCGUUUUGGUGAACUGCAACGACCUGUCCUUCAACCUGCAGAGCUGUGUGGCCGAGAAUGAGGAGGGACCAACGACAAAUGUGGAGCCGUUUUAUGUCACCCUGUCGCUCUUCGACAUCCAGAACAGCCGCAAGAUUUCAGCCGACUUCCACGUGGACCUGAACCACCCGUCCGUCCGGCAGAUGGUCUCCGCUCCCAUUGGCCAGCACAUGAACGGGGGCGGGGACACUCUGCAGGGAGGCCAGAGGCUGGUCAACGGGCUGCCAGAGUCUCUGCUGCAGUACCCCAGACAGGGGGUCUUCUCAGUGACGUGUCCCCACCCAGACAUAUUCCUUGUGGCUCGCAUAGAGAAGGUCCUACAAGGAGGGAUUGCUCACUGCGCAGAGCCGUACAUGAAGAGCUCGGAUUCCAACAAGGCUGCUCAGAAGGUCCUGAAAAAUGCCAAACUGGCCUGCAGCAGGUUGGGUCAGUACAGGAUGCCUUUCGCCUGGGCAGCCAGGCCGCUGUUCAGAGACGCGUCGGGGACUCUGGACAAAACAUCCCGCUUCUCCGCCAUUUACAGGCAGGACAGCGGAAAGCUCUCAAAUGAGGACAUGUUCAAGCUUUUGGCGGAUUUCAGAAAGCCGGAAAAGAUGGCCAAGCUUCCUGUAAUCUUAGGAAACUUAGAUGUCACCAUCGACAACGUGGCCCCGGACCUAACGAAUUGCGUCACUUCGUCCUACAUUCCAGUGAAGCAGUUUGAGUGCAACGGGAAGAACAGCGUCUUGUUCGAGGUGGAGGAGUUCGUCCCCUGUAUUGCCAAGUGCUCCCAGCCUUUCACCACCUACAACAACCACCUCUACGUGUACCCCAAGCACCUGAAAUAUGACAGCCAAAAGUCGUUUGCCAAGGCAAGAAACAUUGCUAUCUGUAUUGAGUUCAAGGAUUCAGACGAGGAGGAGUCCCAGCCACUCAAAUGUAUCUAUGGUCACCCCGGAGGUCCUCUGUUUGCCAAAAACGCCUUUGCCGCAGUGCUGCACCAUCAGCAGAACCCAGAGUUCUAUGAUGAGAUCAAGAUUGAGCUGCCCGCCCAGCUCCAUGAGAAGCACCACCUGCUUUUCACCUUCUACCAUGUCAGCUGCGACAGCAACAGCAAGGCCAGCACCAAGAAGAGGGACCUGGUGGAAACCCAAGUGGGCUACGCCUGGCUCCCCUUACUGAAGGACGGCAGGGUGAUCAUGAACGAGCAGCAGAUACCGGUGUCCGCCAACCUGCCCGCUGGGUACCUGUGCUCCCAGGAGGGCAUAAGCAAGCAUUCCGGUCCUGAGAUCAAAUGGGUUGAUGGAGGCAAGCCUUUGCUCAAGGUGUCCACUCACCUUGUCUCAACAGUCUACACUCAGGAUCAACAUUUGCACAAUUUCUUCCACCACUGUCAGAGUAUGGAGUGUGCAGGCCAACCCUCAGGAGGGGAGCUCAUCAAGUACCUGAAGAGCCUCCAUGCCAUGGAGAGUCACAUGAUGAUCAACUUCCUGCCCACCGUCCUCAACCAGCUGUUCCGCGUCCUGACCAACGCGGCCCACGAGGACGUGGCGGUGAACGUCACCAGGGUCAUGAUCCACAUCGUCUCUCACUGCCACGAGGAGGGUCUGGAACACUACCUGCAAUCUUACGUAAAGUAUGUGUUUAAGACUGAGCAAUACACAGCCACCAGCGCCAGGACGGUGCACGAGGAGCUGGCCAAAGCCAUGACCACCAUCCUGAAGCCUUCCACAGACUUCCUCACCAGCAACAAGCUGCUCAAGUACUCCUGGUAUUUCUUUGAGGCAUUAGUGAAGUCCAUGGCCCAGUAUUUGAUAGAAAGCGGUAAAGUCAAGCUGUCCAGGAACCAGCGCUUCUCCGCCUCCUUCCAUCACACCGUGGAGACCCUGGUGAACAUGCUGAUGCCCCACAUCACACAGAAGUACAAGGGCAACCUGGACGCUGCCAGGAACGCCAACCACAGCCUGGCCGUCUUCAUCAAGCGAUGCUUCACGUUCAUGGACCGAGGCUUUGUCUUCAAGCAGAUUAACAAUUACAUCAACUGCUUUCUUCCUGGAGAUUCCAAGACGCUGUACGAGUUCAAGUUCGAGUUCCUGCGCGUGGUAUGCAACCACGAGCACUACGUCCCCCUGAACCUGCCCAUGCCUUUCGGGAAGGGGAGAAUCCAGAGGUUUCAAGACCUGCAGCUGGACUACUCGCUGACCGACGACUUCUGCAGGAACCACUUCCUGGUGGGGCUGCUGCUGAGAGAGGUGGGCGGAGCCCUGCAGGAGUUCCGGGAGAUCCGCCAGAUCGCCAUCCAGGUGCUCAAGAACCUGAUGAUCAAGCACACCUUUGACGACCGAUAUACCUCUAAGAGCCAACAGGCCAGGCUGGCCACCCUCUACCUGCCCCUCUUCGGUCUCCUGCAGGAGAACGUGCACAGGCUCAAUGUAAAGGAGGUCUCCCCUUUUGUCAUCAACCAUUCCAACAAUAAUGGGAGAGAUGACUCUUUCCUGGGCAGCUCUAUGAUGACUCCACAGAAGCCAGGGGGCAGUCUGGAGAAUAGCCUGCACAAGGAUGUGUUUGGAGUCAUUUCUGGCACAGCCUCCCCCCACGCUUCCUCCACUCCCAACAUCAACUCGGUGCGCCACGCCGACUCCCGCGGCUCCCUCAUCAGCACCGACUCCGGCAACAGCCUCCUGGAGAAGAGCCAUGACAAGACCAACUCCCUGGACAAGCACCAGCCCGCCGCCACCCUGGGGAGCGCGAUUCUGCGCUGCGACAAGCUGGACCAGGCCGAGAUCAAGAGCCUGCUCAUGUGCUUCCUGCACGUGCUCAAGAGCAUGUCAGAAGAUGCUCUGUUCACCUACUGGAACAAGGCUAGCUCAGCUGAGCUGAUGGACUUCUUCACGCUUAUCGAGGUGUGUCUCCAUCAGUUCAGGUACAUGGGGAAGCGGCACAUCGCCAGGAACCAGGAAGGGGCAGGGCCCGUAGCACAUGAGCGGAAGUCUCAGACUCUGCCUGUGUCCCGUAACAGGGCGGGAAUGAUGCAUGCCCGCUUACAGCAGCUCAGCAGCCUGGAUAACUCUUACACUUUUAACCACAGCUACAGCCACUCAGACGCCGACGUGCUGAACCAGUCUCUGCUGGAGGCCAACAUCGCCACCGAGGUGUGUCUCACUGUGCUGGACACCCUCAGCGUCUUCAUCAUGGGAUUCAAGACCCAGCUGUGCUCCGACCACGGUCACAACCUCCUGAUGAAGAAGGUGUUUGCGGUCCACCUCUGCUUCCUUCAGAUCAACCAGUCUGAGGCUGCCCUCAAGCAGGUCUUCACCUCCCUGCGCACCUUCAUUUACAAGUUCCCCUGCACAUUUUUCGAGGGGCGCGCCGACAUGUGCGCCUCCUUCUGCUACGAGAUCCUGAAGUGCUGCAACUCCAAGCUGAGCUCCAUCCGCAGCGACGCCGCCCACCUGCUCUACUUCCUCAUGAAGAGCAACUUCGACUACACCGGCCGCAAGUCCUUCGUCCGCACGCACCUGCAGGUGGUGAUCGCAGUCAGCCAGCUGAUCGCAGAUGUCAUUGGGAUCGGAGGAACCCGCUUCCAGCAGUCUCUGUCCAUCAUCAAUAACUGCGCCAACAGCGACAAGACCAUCAAGAACACGGCGUUCCCGUCGGACGUGAAGGACCUGACCAAGCGGAUCCGCACGGUGCUGAUGGCCACGGCGCAGAUGAAGGAGCACGAGAGAGACCCCGAGAUGCUGGUGGACCUGCAGUACAGCCUGGCCAAGUCCUACGCCAGCACCCCAGAGCUGCGCAAGACCUGGCUGGACAGCAUGGCCCGCAUCCACGUGAAAAACAGGGACCUGUCUGAGGCGGCGAUGUGCUAUGUGCACGUAGCAGCUCUGGUGGCAGAAUACCUGAGAAGGAAAGGCAUGUUCAAGCAGGGCUGCUCGGCGUUCCGCGUGAUCACGCCCAACAUCGACGAGGAGGCGUCCAUGAUGGAGGACGUGGGGAUGCAGGACGUCCACUUCAACGAGGAUGUGCUCAUGGAGCUGCUGGAGGAGUGUGCAGACGGACUGUGGAAGGCGGAGCGCUACGAGCUCAUAUCGGACAUCUACAAACUCAUCAUCCCCAUUUACGAGAAACGCCGGGAUUUCGAGAAACUGGCCCACCUCUACGACACGCUUCACCGCGCCUACAGCAAAGUGACGGAGGUCAUGCACACAGGCAAGAGGCUCCUGGGCACGUACUUCAGAGUGGCGUUCUUCGGCCAGGCAGCGCAGUACCAGUUUACUGAGAGUGAGAGGGAUGUGGAGGGUUUUUUUGAGGACGAGGACGGCAAAGAGUACAUCUACAAAGAGCCCAAAUUCACCCCCCUCUCGGAGAUCUCCCAGAGACUGCUUAAACUCUACUCUGACAAGUUUGGCCCAGAGAAUGUGAAGAUGAUCCAGGAUUCUGGAAAGGUGAAUCCCAAAGAUCUGGACUCCAAGUACGCCUACAUCCAGGUGACCCACGUCACGCCCUACCUGGAGGAGAAGGAGCUGGCCGACAGGAAGACGGACUUCGAGAGGAGCCACAACAUCCGGCGCUUCGUGUUCGAGAUGCCCUUCACCGUCUCGGGCAAGAAGCAGGGUGGCGUGGAGGAGCAGUGCAAGCGCAGGACCAUACUGACCACCACGCACUGUUUCCCCUACGUGAAGAAGCGCAUCGCGGUGAUGUACCAGCACCACUCGGACCUGAACCCCAUCGAGGUGGCCAUCGACGAGAUGAGCAAGAAGGUGGCGGAGCUGCGGCAACUGUGUUCCAGCACCGACGUGGACAUGAUCCGGCUGCAGCUCAAACUGCAGGGCAGCAUCAGCGUGCAGGUAAAUGCUGGUCCGCUCGCAUAUGCCAGGGCUUUCCUGGAUGACUGUAACACCAAGAAGUACCCUGAUAACAAGGUCAAACAGCUGAAAGAAGUUUUCAGGCAAUUCGUGGACGCCUGUGGCCAGGGCCUGGGCAUCAACGAGCGCCUGAUUAAAGAGGACCAGCAGGAGUACCAUGAUGAGAUGAAGGCGAACUACAGGGACCUGGCCAGGGAGCUGUCCACCAUCAUGCACGAGCCGAUCCACACGGUGGAGGACGGCAUGAAGAGCGUCCUGCCGGACUCUUUGCACAUCUUCAACGCCAUCAGCGGCACGCCCACGGGGGCCUCCAUCCAGGGCAUCUCCGGCUCCACCUCCGUGGCGUGAGGCGAACUCUGAACUCUGACCUUUGACCUCCGGCCUCUGUGCGCUCUGAGAGAGCGGCGGUCUGUCGGCUUGUCCGUGAACUGACAUGCCCUCGUCCUCCCCCCGAACAUCCCGCCCUCUUCUGUAGGACCCUCUUUCUCGUCUGUUUUAUGAAGCAGGACACCAGCUCUCUGUCUCUGUGCUGGAUGGGGGCAGUUGUGUUCGGCCAGGAAGAGAGGAAAUGAGAGGACAGGGGUGCAACGGGAGCUAAAGAAAUGGAGAACAGGGGGAGGAUGUGAGGAGAUAUAGGGGAGCAGACGUUUCGAGGUGCGGUCCUUUCAGCCUCCCGUGUCUGUAUGGGCUUCUUCAGUAGCAUUUCCUGUGGAGACUUCCCAACAGGGAUUCCUAAGCAAGAAGAACACUUUAUGCAUGUAACUGUCCCUCUGGGUGUAUCUGACAGUUUCUCUCCCUUCUUUCUUUCUUCUUAUUAUUAUUUACAGGUUCUGAACUCUUGUCAGUAAUUUUGUAUGUACAGUAUUCCAGUGUAUGAUAAAUGUCUCCUCUGGAUGGAAACCGAGGUGCGUCAAUGUAUAUUGUUUGUUGUAUGCAUACCGCACAUUUGCGCUAAUCUCUCUGUAAAUGAAGACAUUAUAUUUCUACACAAAUGCAUCUUAUUUUAAAAAGAUUUUCCCAUGAAAGCGUUAGCCCUCAGAUUUCCAACCCAUUACCAUCAGAGGGCUGAGGACUUUCCACGGAAAACUGUUCAAGGCCAUAGAGCGACUGUAUUCCCUACUGGUUGUUCCUGUACAGACAAAAAGGAGUGCAAUAUGAGUCUUUUGGGCGAGGUGUUGUGUUUGGUUCAUACACUGUAAAGAUGAUGUGGACCCAGAGACGGCCCACGCUGCGAAAAAGGCGUUCGUUUGUACCACGAUGCUUUCGCCAUUUUAAUGUUCAUUUUUAU